UUGCAUCCUACAGUAUUUCGGUUUGAUGUGUGAUUGGAUUGUUACUGUAAAGUGUGUGUUAUAUUAGUGUGUGUAGUGCAUGUUUCAUUAAAUUUUACAAACAGAACUCUUAUUUUAAAUUGUAUACAGUGUUGAUAAUAUGGCUUCUUCCCGUAAGACUUUCACUAUUGAAGAAAAAUCGCACAUCAUUUGGCGAAUUGAGAAUGGUGAAGCAAAUAGGGACAUAGCGAAGGAAUUAGGGGUUGGACAUUCAACAAUUUCGGUAAUAUGGAAAAAUCGCGAUAAAAUUAAGCAGAGCUUUGAGACAAGUUCUAUGAAAUCAAAAAAACUUCGUCCUAGUCAAAACAAUGACGUAGAUCAAGCGUUGCUGAAAUGGUUCAAGAUACAAAGAGCGAAUAAUAUUCCUAUAAGCGGUCCAAUUUUGCAGAGUAAAGCAAAUGAUUUGGCUGAGUAGUUGGGUAGACCUCGCGAUAUUACAUCUGCAUGGAUACAACGAUUUCGCCAGUGCCAUGCAAUCACAAGUGGUAGAAUAAGUGGUGAGGCAGCAGCAGUUCCAACUGGUAUUCCUGAAGACUGGUUAAACAAUGUGUGGCCAAAAUUACGUGAUAUUUAUCCAGAUGAAAAAAUUUACAAUGCUGAUGAAACUGGAAUUUUCUUCAAACUGAAUCCUGAAAAAACAUUACGUUUCAAAGGUGAAAAGUGCACGGGGGGGGGGGUAAAUUGUCAAAAGACAGACUAACUGUUUUAGUUGCCGUGAAUAUGGAUGGGAGUGAUAAGCGCAAGCUGAUGGUUAUAGGGAAAAGUGCUAAAACUCGUUGUUUCAAAAAUGUUAAUUUAUUGCCAGUAACAUAUGAAAGUAACAAAAGAGCGUGGAUGACAAGUGAAUUGUUCACUUCCUGGCUAAGAAAAUGGGACAAUGAACUGAAAUUGAAAAAUGAUAAAAUAUUGUUGAUGGUAGAUAACUGUCCAGCACAUCCACAUGUUGAAAAUCUUACAUCUAUAAAGUUGGUGUUCCUCCCGCCUAAUACAACAUCUGUUUUGCAACCCUUGGAUGAAGGUGUUAUAAGGUCUCUGAAAGUCAACUAUCGGAAACGUCUCAUUCUACAAAUCAUUCAAGAUUUUGAUGAAGGAUGUGAAACAAAAGUCUCUGUACUCGACGCAAUUACAAUGUUAGAAAGAGCUUGGAAUGAAGUCACAUCCAUUACAGUGAAAAACUGUUUCAGACAUGCAGGAUUUUUAAUGCAGUCUGAUAACAUUAUUGAAUCUGCAUGCACAGAAGAGUCGUUACAAGAAUGGGGGAGAAGUUUGGCUCAACCAGUGUCUCAGGAUUUCUUUGAAGAGUAUGAAGAAGUAGACAAGGAUUUGGAAACGACGGCAGCUGUAAGUGAUGAGGAAUUGCUGACUUCGACUUUGAGAGAAGAAGACGACGUUACAAACACUGAGAAAGACAAUGAUAAUGAUGAGGAAAUCAAUCCACCAACACUGACUGAAGCUUGUAAAGCGAUCAAGACAAUUUGCCAAUUUCUUAGUGUCACAAAUACAGCAGAUGAAGCAACAAAAAAUGUUCUAUUUAAUCUAGAGAAACAGUUUCAAACAUCGUACUACAAUUCAAAGUGCAAAAAACAAACGAAAAUUACAGACUUUUUAUGCCGAGAACUUACAUAA